AUCCUUUACCCAAUAAUAUAAUCUAUCCAAGUAUUAAGCAGCAUCACCAUCUAUUUUAUAUUGGCCCAUUUAGCGGCAAGAUGACUUCGGAAGGUAAUUCUGCUAGUAAGCAGCCUAAAUAUGAAAGAACUCGGCAGCAACCCGAGAACCCGUUUGCCAGUCUGAUUCCAGAUCAGAAUAUCGCCAUAAUUCCAAGCUUCACCCUUGAAUCUGGCGUCACCUUGAAAAACUUGCCGUUGGCAUACACAGUCAGGGGAAAACUCUCCCCCAAGGCAGAUAAUGCUAUGGUUAUAUGCCACGCAUUAACAGGCUCUGCCGAUGUCAGCGACUGGUGGGGACCUCUACUGGGAGGUCCUGGCCGAGCCUUUGAUACUUCAAGAUUUUUCAUCAUCUGUAUGAACAGCUUAGGUAGUCCUUAUGGAACUGUAAGCCCGGUAACAGCCAAAGAUGGCGACCUGAACAACGAGCGAUAUGGACCUGAGUUUCCUCUUACUACCAUCAGAGAUGACGUCAACUUGCACAAAAUGCUUCUAGAUGAUCUAGGAGUACGCCAGGUAGCCGCUGUCAUUGGCGGCUCUAUGGGGGGAAUGCUCGUGCUGGAAUGGGCAUAUUUCGGCAAGGAUUACGUUAGAUGUAUCGUACCAAUUGCAACCUCGAGCCGUCAUAGUGCCUGGGGAAUUAGUUGGGGCGAGGCCCAACGGCAAAGCAUCUAUGCGGAUCCCAAGUAUGACGAUGGAUACUAUUCCUUCUCCGACCCGCCUUCUACCGGUCUUGGAGCUGCCCGUAUGUCGGCGCUCUUGACCUAUCGUAGUAGGAACUCCUUCGAGGCUCGAUUUGGGCGUAAUAUCCCAGACCCGGCUAGGCGCCAGACCAUCCGUGAAUCACCACGCCCGAGCACCCCAUCUGAGGCCCAUUUUCAUAUUCAUAAUGACGGACACAAAACCACACGGCUAUCGAGAAAUAACAGCCACUCAGAGCAGCAAACGCCUAUUGCUAGCAGGGCUGACGCAACUAAUUCUAAUGAUGCCGAUGGCCAGUCACUUGAUCCUCAGUUCACUGGCCCCAAGACGGACAUUUCUACCAAGGCGGAGACGAUGCCAACAACAACUUAUUUCUCUGCUCAAUCAUACCUUCGGUACCAAGGGGAGAAAUUUGUCAAGCGUUUUGACAGCAACUGCUAUAUCGCCAUUACGAGAAAACUGGACACCCAUGAUAUUUCACGCUACCGCGCAGAUAGCAUUGCCGAGGCUCUCGCUCUCAUCGAGCAACCUACCUUAGUCUUAGGCAUUGAAAGUGAUGGAUUGUUUACCUUCGCCGAGCAGCAGGAGUUAGCCGAACAUAUCAAGAACGCCAGGCUCGAAAAGAUAGAUAGCCAGGAAGGCCACGACGCCUUCUUAUUGCAGUUUGAACAAGUCAACAAGUACAUUCUUGAGUUUCUAAACGAAUUUUUGCCGGACAUUAUGGCCAGAGAAGGAGAGGACGUGGGAAUAGCUAGUGUUGGUGAAUUGACUAAGUCGAGUACUUUCGGGGAGGCGGAAGUAGACGAUAUCACUGCGUGGUAGAUACGCGUGGUUUGACUUUCAGUCAACUUCCGAGGAGUAUAAUGAAUAUACUUGCGUUACCUUGGAACGAUUGCUGAAAAUAACACGAUCUUAGGCGUGUGCAUUUAGACUACAGUA